AUGGUGUCGACGCUCGACGUGUGGGCGCUUGGCAUUACGAUCGUCAUUGGCGGGCAGUAUUUCUGCUGGAACGUCGGGUUCGCCGCCGGCCUCCCUUUAUACUGCGUCGCCAUCGUCCUCAUCGGGUCUGGGUACCUCGCUAUGGUGUGCAGCGUCGCUGAGGUCACGUCCGCGCUGCCCUUUGCGGGCGGCGCCUACGGCCUCGCGCGCUGCUCGCUCGGCUUUAGCGUCGGCUUUCUCAUUGGCAUGUGUGAGAUCCUAGAGUACAUUGCGUACGUCUCGUCGUCGGUGCUCUCGCUCACGCAGCUUUUGCUCAUUUUGGCGCCGUCGCUCGAGACGGUGCAGCCGCUGCUCUGGCUACUCAUCUACGGCGUCUCGAUUCUCGUCCAAGGCCUUGGCGGUCGAAUCUUUUGGCGCGCGAACCUCAUGCUUGCCCUGGUUUCGUUUGGCAUCCUCCUUCUCUGGGUGCUCGGGUCGGCGUCGUACGUCGAGUACGCUGCGACUGCACCGUCGUCCAACGUCGACGGUAGCUUUGGGACCUUUAUGACCAACCUCCCGCUCGCUGCGUGGCUCUACGUCGGCGUUGAAGCCGUGUCCCUUGCGAGCGACGACGUUGAGAACCCAAAGGCUGUCGUGCCCAAAGCGCAGCUGUACUGCAUGCUCACGCUGCUUGCAACGUCCGUGGCGUCGGUGGUUUUAUGCGUCGGUCUUCCCCCCGGCGUCGACCAGCUUCCGACCGUCUUGGCGACGAUGAACUCGGGGUUUGUCUUGUUCACGGGGCUCUCGGACCAAGUCGUGACGGCCUUUGCAAUCCCCGCAACGUUUGCGACGGUCUUUGGCUUUAUCUUUGCGUACGGCAAGCUCAUCCACGCGGUGGCGAGCUCGCAGCUGCUGCCGCGGGUGUGCCAGCACCAGUAUGGACCGAACAAGACGCCGCUGGUCGCACUGCUUCUCGGGUCGGGCGUCGGGUACCUCCUGUGCCUCGUCGUGUACUUCUACCCGAUCGUCGGCCACUACCUCUUCAACAUUUGCAUGCUCAGCGCGUCGACGGGGUAUGCAGCGCAGUGCGUCGGCUUUAUCGUGCUGCGGCGCAAGUUCAAGCACAUUGCGCGAUCUCAAACGAGUCUCUUUGGGGUCCCCGGCGCCAUCUACGCAUUGACCGUGUGGGUUCUCGUCAUCGUUGCGAUCGCAGGCUUCCAGAACGACAGCUACACGGCGGUCAUCAUCUUUCUGAGUCUCCUCGGCCUCCUCAGUAUCUACUACCACGGCUACGCCAAGAAGCGCCAGACUUUCUCUGAAGACGAGCGCAAGGUGCUCUUCGUCGCGCAUAUCGCCAAGUUCAACCAGCUCAAGGCCAAGCAGCACCCGCACCGCGCACCGGCCGGCGGUACCGACGGCCGCGGCCUCAAGCUUGGAUCCAAGGGCUCGGCGCUGCUCCGGUCCAUGAUGUCGGCCAUGUCCAUGCAAUCGAAGCGCGAGUCGACGCACAUGCGCCAGGUCCACGUCCAGCCCACCCCCCACUAA